GUCUACGCCGCCGCCAUUUUGGAGCGGUAUUAGCUUGUGAGCAGAAAUGACAGUAUGCCUCAAUACUGUGCAGCUCUGGGGUGCGUGAAUAAGCGCACAGCGGACACAAAAACCAAGAGAAUUACCUUUCACAAGUUUCCUAAAGAAAAAGAAUUGAGGAAGCAGUGGGAAGUGGCUGCGAGAAAAAAAGGUUUUUCCGCCACAAAGUCCACCGUCCUGUGCAGUGAGCACUUUAAACCACAUGACAUUGAUGCUACCGGCCAGACUGUCAGAAUAAGAGAAGGUGCCAGACCAUCUGUCUUCAACUUCCAGUACCCUCUACAAAAACAUGUGUUUACCAGGACUACUAAAACCUCCAAAAAGGCUCAAGAGAGAUUGAAAGCGGAGUCUGAAUGUUCAGGAAAUUUACAACAGGCUAAACCACCAUCAUUACAUCUUCCUAGCGUAGAUCACUGCUAUGCGCUGCCUGCUUCUCCUGCCGAUGUCAAGGCCAGACUGACUGAAGCCUUGGCGAGGGUGGAGAGUCUGGAGCACGAGUUGAGGAUUGUUAAGGACAGAGAACGGAGGUCCAAGAACACUGUGUUUUGUCUUCUGGAGGAUAUGAGGGGCAAAAACCUUAUCAAUGAAGAUCUCAAAGAGAAGCUGCAUUCAUACUCAGGUCAUGUUCCUCAGCCAGGGUCCAUCACCCACCCAGUGAGAACCAACGCUGAUGGAGACUUCCUGUCCCACUCUCUAUCUCACAAUUACAAGCAUGGGCAAGUCAGAAACAACCGACAACCCUUCGCCUCCAAGUCUCAGGUUUACUACAAGCUAGACUACACGGGUCGCACUUUAAUGUUCAAUUUGACCGCAAACAAUCGGCUCGUUUCGAGCGACUAUAUCCUGGAGAGGCGUAAUGGAGGCACCAAAAGGACUGAGAGUGAUCGUCCCUCUGCUGGGAUGUCCUGCCAUCUGCUUGGCACCGUGGUGGAUUCAGGGGUGAAAGGAACUGCUGCCAUCAGCACAUGUAAUGGACUGAGAGGCUUCUUCUCCCUGCCUGAGGGACACUUCUUUAUUGAGCCACUCCCCAAAUCUCCAAGUGAUCUUGAAGGGUCUCCAGAGCCCCACAUCAUCCUCCCAAGAGUUACCACGGCAACACACCGGGAGAAACGCAGUCCGGAGGGCAGACAUGCACGUAGUUCAUGCGGAGUUCAAGAUGCCAAAUAUGUACAAGUGGAUAGAGAGCGGGAGGAAUGGGAGAGGGUACACCGUCCCAUGAAGUCCCGCUCCCAGCGCUCGGUCAGCAGGGAGCGUUGGGUGGAGACCAUGGUAGUGGCGGAUUCCAAACUCAUUGAAUAUCAUGGCAGCGACAAUGUGGAGUCCUACAUCUUCACCAUUAUGAACAUGGUGGCAGGUAUCUUCCAUGACGCCAGCAUUGGGAACGCCAUCCACGUCAUCUUGGUUCGACUGAUUUUACUACAAGAAGAAGAGAAAGGACUGAAGAUCGUUCACCAUGCAGACACCACUUUGUCCAGCUUCUGUGCCUGGCAAAAGAACUUAAAUCCACAGAGUGACACGCAUCCUGCCCAUCAUGACGUGGCUGUGUUGGUCACCAGGAAGGACAUCUGUGCUGGGAUGAACCAACCAUGUGAGACCUUAGGCCUGUCUCACCUUUCGGGGAUGUGCCAACCGCACCGUAGCUGCAACAUUAACGAGGAUUCAGGCUUACCUGUCGCCUUCACCAUUGCCCAUGAGAUGGGUCACAGCUUUGGAAUUCAUCACGACGGCCAGGGGAACGACUGUGAGCUGGGAGGGAGGCACCCCUUCAUCAUGUCAAGACAGCUGAUGUAUGACAGUUCACCUCUCACUUGGUCGUCUUGCUCCAAGGAGUACAUCACACGCUUCCUUGAUCGUGGAUGGGGCUUCUGCCUGGAUGAUCGUCCUUCCAAAAGAGACCUGACAACCCCACUGGCACGCCUCGGUGUUCGCUACACCACGCACCAUCAAUGUCAGCUCCAGUAUGGUCAGAAUGCCACCUUUUGCACAGAGGUGGAUAAUGUUUGCCAGAUUCUUUGGUGCUCUGUGAAUGGCACUUGUCGCUCUAAACUGGACGCACCUAUUGAUGGCACGCGCUGUGGACCAGAGAAGUGGUGUAUCUCUGGAGAGUGUGUCAUUGUGGGCAAACUGCCUGAGACGGUGAAUGGAGGCUGGGGACAAUGGAGUACUUGGUCCUAUUGCUCAAGGACUUGUGGCACUGGAGUUCAGUCAGCUGAGAGAGAAUGUAACAACCCCAAACCGGAGUUCGGAGGGAAGUACUGUACGGGUGAGAGGAAGCGUUAUCGGACCUGUAACACUAAACCCUGCCAGAAGAAUAAUCCGACUUUUAGAGAAAUGCUGUGUAGUGAGUUUGACACUGUGCCCUACCACAACGAGCUCUACAAAUGGAUUCCUGUGGCGAACCCCUUAAAUCCCUGUGAGCUCCACUGCCGACCUGUCAAUGAGUAUUUUUCGGAGAAGAUGCUCGACACUGUGACGGACGGAACACCGUGCUUCAUGAACAACAACUCAAGGAACAUCUGUGUCAACGGAGUGUGCAAGGAGGUGGGCUGUGAUUAUGGCAUCGACUCCAAUGCAGUGGAGGAUCGUUGUGGCGUGUGUUUGGGUGAUGGCAAAAGCUGUGAGACUGUCUAUAGGUCGUUUGACAAGGGAGACGGCUUCGGGUACGUGGAUGUGGGGGUGAUACCAGAGGGGGCGCGGGACAUCCUGGUAAAGGAAACUGAGGAGGCAGGUAACUUCCUGGCUCUGAGAAGACAGGGCUCUGAGGAGUACUUUCUCAACGGCAACUACAUCAUCCAAUGGAAUGGGGAGUACCAGGCUGGUGGGACCACCUUCUACUAUGAACGUAGUGGGAACAUGGAGAACCUCACCGCACCUGGACCCACUAGAGAGCCAGUCAUGCUCCAGUUGUUGUUUCAGGAGAAGAACCCAGGCCUUAAGUACGAGUACAUUGUUAAAAAGACCAAAGAAACAGAAAAUGAUGUUGUCAAACCCAUGUACUGGUGGAGACAUGGCGCAUGGACAGACUGCAGCACUACCUGUGGACUAGGUGAGCAGCACCAGCCUGCACGUUGCUUCGAGUUGGAUUUGGGUGUUGUAGACGAAUCUCUCUGUGACCCAGAGAGUCGUCCAGAAGAUAGACACCGAAGGUGCAAGACCACAGAUUGUCCUGCCAGGUGGUGGGUGGGUCGCUGGCAGCAGUGCACGGCCACGUGUGGUUCGGACAGCUUGCGGAAGCGUACGGUUCUUUGUGUCCGUACAGUUUUGGGUGAGGAAAGGGUGCUCCAUCCAGUGGAGUGCAAGCACCUCCUCAAACCUAAACCUGUUGUGCCGUGCAACAGAGAUGUACCUUGUGGACAAGAUUGGGAUGUUGGACUCUGGGAAGAUUGUCCAGUGACAUGCGGAGGAGGAGUUCGCUCCCGCACCGUGAAAUGUAUUCUGGCACCCAAAAAGCAGUGCGACCUUGCAACCAAACCACGAACCCGGUCUCUGUGCGCUCUGCAGAGCUGCCCAAAUUCAAGGCUUCAACGACGUCCUGGGCCUCCACCUAAAUACCGCCGCAUUUACCUGCCUAAGAGCCACCCUACUGAGCGUUCUCCCCCACUCACAAGGACCUCAGCCACAGCAGUUAUUGCCACAACCUCUAAGAUCCCAUCAACCGAUCAUUAUGACAUUAAUGUUGUCGAGAAAAAUCAGAGGAAAGCAACAAGUAUGGAAAAUACAGAAACAGAGGAAAGAGUGGAUGUUGAGGAUGGAAGCACACCAAACGUGGUGAUGAACAGUCCUGGUUAUGACUACAUCACAGAUGAUAGGCCACGAGAGGAGGAGGGAAUUAUCGAUCUGGACGUUGGUACUACUUGGGUCAAAAGUUCUCUUAAAUCAACCACACCAGUGUCACAUAUAAACAUCACACCCACUUUACAAACAAGUGUUCCUUGCAUGCACACAACCACACAAGCCACCACAUCCUCCCUCUUCACCUCACAUGUCACUACCAAGAUCACUCAUGACAGCAACCCACGCAUCUCUUCAUACAGCCCCCAGAUGCACAGGGUUCCUCUAACUACUCCCAUGUUGAAGUUGCAUUCGGUUCCACCCAAAACCCGUCUCAACACAACACAAGCUCCAUUCCAUUCCAGUACUGCACCAUUCCCCCAGAUUACCAUUAAGGUUAUUAAAGUGAAGAAGCCCACAGUGACUACCAAGAAAAGCAACUCUGCCAAAGAAACCCCAACCCAUUCCAAAGGCAACCGCUCUGACAGCCAGAAUCAGCCAGAUUCAAAUCCCAGGAGCAGCCCCUCCCAGGACCAGGGAGGGCCAGUCAGUAUGGAAGUGUUCUGGGUCGUAGGAAACUGGAGUGAGUGUUCAACAACAUGCGGGAUUGGUGCAAUAUGGAGGACUGUCACUUGUAGCUCCCAGAAGGACAAGGAUUGUGAAAUCACAAAAAAACCAGAGCCUGCCCGCACCUGCCAUCUACAGCCAUGUGCCACGUGGCAAAGUGGCAGCUGGAGCAAGUGUCCUGAUCAUUGUGCGGUAGUGGGUAAGCGGUACCGGGAUGUCCAGUGCGUUGAUUCCCAGAGUCACCGUCCUCUUCGACCCUUCCAUUGUCAGGCGGUGUCGAGCAAACCUGUCAGUGCUUUGAUCUGCCCCCUAAAGGCCUGUGUAGACUGGAGCGUGUCACCCUGGGCACCAUGCACCGGGAGCUGUGGUGUGGGUAUGAGGGAACGGCUGGUGUACUGUCCAGUGCCUCAUGGUUGCGGCGCCACACUGAGGCCAAAUAGCACCGAAACAUGCAGCCUGAAGUCCUGUACCCUUUGGACGACAGAAGAGUGGGAGCAGUGCUCUGUAAGCUGCGGAGGAGGUCAGCAGCUGCGUGACGUCAUCUGCGUGAGGGCUGAGGAUUCUAGUGUGAUGCCAGACAGCCUUUGUGAGAAGAUGUCCAAACCAGAAGUGUUCAGGAAGUGUAACACGCAGGAAUGCCGCACUACCACAGGUCCAGUUUGCAGAAAGAACACAAUGUCCUCUCGCUUCUGCGACAAGCUGAAGCUGCUAGGUCGUUGCUCUUUCAGGUCGGUGCAACGACAGUGUUGUGUCACCUGUAGGUCAUAGACGGGUAUAUCCUCUCACUGCACCUCCCAGCUACUGUUAUUCGUCAACGCGGAACAGGAAAUAGUUGACCGACAGUGGAACCUCUAAAGUCAGUGAUGCUGGUCGACUUCCCAUUUGUUUGGAUUUGCAAUCUUUCUCAUAUCGUGAAAAUUAUCUGUUCCGCAGGAGGCUGCCUUCAGUUUUUGCACAGAAAAUGUUUUAAAAUGUAAACAUUUGGCAAAUCAUGGCCAUCAUUAAAUGUUUUCUUCACAGCCAUCGUUGUUUACGUGACACAAAGCACAGUUAUGAAAGUAACUCUUUGGUCAGGGCAGUUCAACACAAUGGUUCAGGGGACCACAUUUUUUUAAAGCAAAGGACCAGAAGCCGGUAUUGGAUUGUCCUGCCAACUCAUUGUCUUUUUAACAGAGCAAUACUAAUAACAAAGGUUGUCUAUAUAACGAGCGUAUUUCUUACUAGUAACAGUAAGAUACGUUAAAGACACAUUAAUGUCAACAAAAAUGCACAGGACUGAUUCACCUGGUCAGAAGUAGAAAAGUUACCAAAGGAGUCUACAGUAAAAAAAAAUUAUAUACUGCGAGAAACAUGCAUUGGCUAUACUGCUUAUUUAAGGUAUUCUGCAAAAAAGAAAAAACUAAAAAUUCUGUAAGUGUAAACAGAAAUUACUUGCGGGUCAGUCUGAUCUUCUAUAGUUGGAUCCCAAGUCACUUGUUUUAACUGGCUGGCUUUAGGUGGUUGCUGAGUUGGUAUCUAACGUAACAAUGUUGACAGUUUUGACUCUGAAAUAUUUGACAACUUCUGAAAAUCUUGCCCAUAUGUAUUAACUGCAGACCCAUUUGACUUUAGAGGUUCUACUGUAUUUCACUGAGAACACUAUAUGAUGUUAGCACUAACGUUUAGGCUGAUUCCUCAGCAGGGUGCAAACUGUACACUACAUGGGGUGCACUUUAGAAUGCCAUAGCAAUACCGCAAGCACAAAUUUUACUUACUCAUAAACUGGAUGAUGUACACGUAUUUUAUUCAUUUAAAUGUUUUGGUGCGUCAAAUGUGCUUUGCCUUAACCGGUACUGGUGCUGAAUGUGUAUUUUAAACUGGCAAAAGCAGAGCAAAGCAUGUAAAAAUCACAUUUGUAUCUGUCUUUUUAUACUGUAGCAUUUAGUGUGGUAGACAUUGUUCUCAUUGUGUUUUCAAAUAUUGCGCUGGGACUGUGUGUUUACAUCAAUCAGAGGGAAAGUUUCAACAACUCCUCUUAAAGUGACUGUUUGCAAUUGGUUUAAAGUUACUUUUUUCAAACCCCAAAACACAACAAGAACCCCACGGCUAUCUUAUGUUACCAUUAAUGGUUUAAAAGAAAACAUUAAAAAAGUUUAUAUUUUUGACAAUUAUAUGGAAUAAAAAUUGUUUGUCAGCCCAAGAAAAAGGCUGGUGUUAAUGGCUGUUGGCCACCGCUAUACCUGGAGCUCUGAAGCAAUUAACAAUUUGCAGUCAUGUUGUCAUUUUGAUACGCUAUACCAUAUUUUUCGGACCAUAGGGCGCACCGGAUUAAAAGGCGUAGUGCCAAUGAGCUGGUCUAUUCAGGUUUAUCUUCAUACAAAAGGCGAACCGGAUUAUAAGGCGCAUUAAAGGGGUCUAUUUGUGUUGGCCAUGUGAUGACGGCCCGAAAGGGACAAGCGGUAUAAAAUGGAUGAAUGGAUAAAAGGGUCAUAUUAUGAUUUUUUUCUAAAUUUAAAACACUAUCUUUUGGUCUACAUAAGUGAUGGUGGUAGCUUUCUGAGCGUCUCUUCAGGAUGCGCCGUUUUGUGGGCGGUCUUAUUUACAUGGCUCACCUUCAACAGCGUCUUCUCCCCAUCAUCUUUGUUGUAGCCUUGUAGCGUGCAAGUACGGGAGUCGAAGAAGUGUCAAAAGAUGGAGCUAACUGUUUAAAUGACGUUCAGACUUUACUUAAAUCAAUAACGAAGCAUCAAAAUGGAUGAAUGAAUGGAACUUCUCAUCCGUGGCUCAGAAAUGUGUCCGACCGGAACCUUCUAAUAGCUCAAAUUCAGUGGGUGAAUUAUCUAAACCCACUACCAUUUUUAGCGCUUUGAUAGCCAGUCUACUGACAGACAUAAGUAAGAACUUUACGCUACUUUAUAUUAGAAAUAGCAACAACGGAAGAUGAAUGCCACAUACUGUAAGAAGAUAGAGAAAAAGAAGAAGCAUAUGACUACAAUGGCGGACGCGGGCACAUUUUCAGGACUUAUGCAGAUCCCAAAUACACAUCAGCUGAUACCAGAAGGUCUUGUAUAAUUUUGUGAAACAAAACACCAGGUAAUAUGUCUGCUAAUAGGUGCCAUUUUGCGGUCCUCGUAUGUUUAAUGCGCCGGCAAUCCAUCAAGCGGUGUGGCUUCAUAGCUUACUGAAGUCGUACUAAAAACAUUUGGACAGAGUUUUGAGCGUUGUGUGUAAGGUUCUAUAUUACAGUGGUUCUCAACCUUUUUUCAGUGAUGUACCCCCUGUGAACAUUUUUUUUAUUCAAGUACCCAAUAAUCAGAGCAAAGCAUUUUUGGUUGAAAAAAAGAGAAAAAAAAGUAAAAUACAGCACUAUUUCAUCAGUUUCUGAUUUAUUAAAUUGUAUAACAGUGCAAAAUAUUGCUCAUUUGUAGUGGUCUUUCUUGAACUAUAUGGAAAAAAAGAUAUAAAAAUAACUAAAAACGUGUUGAAAAAUAAACAAGUUAUUCAAUUAUAAAUAAAGAUUUCUACACAUAGAAGUAAUCAUCAACUUAAAGUGCACCCUUUGGGGAUUGUAAUAGAGAUCCAUCUGGAUUCAUGAACUUAAUUCUAAACAUUUAUUUUGUUGAAGUAUUAUUCAAUAAAUAUAUUUAUAAAGGAUUUUUGAAUUGUUGCUAUUUUUAGAAUAUUUAAAAAAAAUCUCACAUACCCCUUGGCAUACCUUCAAGUACCCCCAGGGGUACGCGUACCUCCAUUUGAGAACCACUGCUAUAUUAUAAAUGGAACAUUUAAGUUUUGGUGUUGUUUACUGGUGCCACACGUAUCUCUUAUGUAUAACUGCCAUCUACUGGUCACACUUAUCAUUACACCAUGUACCAAAUCAAAUUGCUUCGAAGUCGGUAAGCACAACCAGAAUUAUGCCGUAUAUUAGGUGCACCAGGUUAUAAUGCGCACUGUCGAUUUUUGAGAACAUUUUAGGAUUUUAAGUGCGCCUUAUAGUCCGAAAAAUACAGUACAUUUAAUGAUAGUUGGUAUGAGUAGCUGGACUUUGCCAAAUCGCUAUCAUGAGAACAAACAUAAUUAAUGCGUGUGUGUUUAGUGGGCCGUAGUUUAUGUUGUCAGAAAUAUAACGCUCACAAUCCACAGCACUUUCGAAAGUUAGCACUCUGUAGGCAGCCAUGUGAGGGUUGCAAACAGUCACUUUAAGUGAACUGCAGAACUCUGUAGUUGAAUCUGUGAUGCUCCUCAGGUGUGAAAGUGACCAAUUAAAAAAAAGAGGCGUUGCGGGUCAUCCCUCUCAGGUCCCCCAAAACCAGAUGGCUACUGUUUUUGUAUGAUCUUGUACAUAUAUUCUCUAUCAAUAAAUGUAUACGAUGUUUGUGCUUACCAUUUA